GGUCACCCUGCUCGUAGCUACUUUCUUCUCGCUGUCCCUGUGGGCCCAGUAGCUGCCAGGAUGAGGCCACCGUGCGGCCUGUGGCUGUGGCUCUCCUUGCUGAAAGUCCUUCAGGGCCAGACCCCAACCCCCCUGCCACUCCCGUCCCCGAUGCAGAGCUUCCAAGGAAACCAGUUCCAGGGGGAGUGGUUCGUCUUGGGCCUGGCGGGCAACAGCUUCAGUCCAGAGCACAGGACGCUGCUGAACCCUUUCACCGCCACUUUCGAGCUUGGCGAGGACGGCCGCUUUCAGGUCUGGAACACCAUGACUCGAGGCCAGCGCUGUGACACGUGGUCUUAUGUGCUGAUUCCGGCCGCACAGCCCGGGCAGUUCACUGUGGACCACGGCGGGGAGCCCGGGGCGGACAGAGAGGAGACGCGAGUAGUGAAUAGCUACUACACCCAGUUCGCGCUGAUGCUGUCCCGCAGACAAGGCAGCCUGGCCAUCCUCAGGAUCAGCCUGCUGGGCAGGAGCUGGUUCCUGCCUCCCGGGACGCUGGACCAGUUCAUCUGCCUGGGCAGAGCUCAGGGCCUCUCGGACAACAGCAUUGUCUUCCCAGAUGUGACUGGUAGGGCUCGUCUGCAGGCAGGCUGGGCAGUGGGCACCGGGCCUGCCAGAGUGAGUCUGGUUGACUCUAGAGGGGCUGGACCUGGUAUCUGCCCAUGGAGCUCCUCAGCCUGCACUCAGGGGUCUCAAGGCUCUUGGGUCCCUGCCCUCAACCCAGGUUCUGAGCCACCUCCUCCCACCCUGGGUCCUCUAUCCUAGCCACCUCCUCCCCUCACCCAGCCCUGCUCACAAAGAGCUUGGACUCAUCCCAGGCGGUGUCCUGGGCCUCAGCAGCCUGCCCCGGGUGGCCACCCCAGCCUGGCCACUCAGAGAGCCUCGGCUCCCAAGGCCUGACUCUUAUUGCAGAAGGACAAGGAUAGCCCCAAGCACCUCCUCUUCCAGGAGCGUUGCCCAUUGUGCCCUUCUGAUUUCUGCCUCUGGUCCUUUACAUGUGCAUAGCCACAUGCACACACACACAUGUAUAAAUGUGUACAGACCGGCACAUGCCUGCACAUGCAAACACCCACUUAGACACACAGGCACUCAUACUUGCACACAUGCUGUAUACUCAUGCAAGGCAUGAGUGCUGGUGUGCACACACCUACACACACCUGCAGGCUCCUACACACACCUGCAUGCACCUGCACACUCCUGAACACAACUGCACGCACCUGCACGCUCCUGCACACAUCGGCACACACCUGUACAGUCCUGUAUGUACCUGCAUACAUCUGCACACU